AAAAAUAUAAGCUUUUACUUAUUUUUUUAGCUCCAAAAAAUACUGAGACAACCAGCAUAACUUCACUAGCCUUUAAUAGGGGUCACUAAUCCUACCUGUAAAAGGCCAGUGUGGAUGCAGGUUUUCAUUCAAACCUACCAGCAGCACAACUCAACUAAUCAGUCGCUUGAAAAUGAGAACAACUGAUUAAACAAGUUAAAUCAGGUGAUUCUGCUUGAUUGGGAUAAAACUCUGCAGCCACACUGACCUUCACAGAUAAAAGUGUCAAAGAUAUUGUAAAAUACUUCAAAGUAAUUAGUAUAUAGUUAUUUUAUAUAUUUGCAUUUUUACAAGGAUGAAUAGCUUUUUAUAUUUGUUUAAUACAGUGAGCAACAGGUGCAUUUUGGGAUCCUGUAAUUCAGUUGGUGAAUAUCUGCCACCUAGGGGUCAAACGUAAAAGUACAUAAAACAAUGACCAUGCAUUUGUGGGAGUGGCUUCGUCAUGCCUCUCAUCAGAAACGAAUCUCAUGCAGAGCUGUUUCAUAAUCAGAAUUCAGUUCUUCCAGCAGGACACAGUUUCCAGUUUGAAGGUUCUCCAAUCAGGAAGCUCAGUUAAACUCUACAGAUCAACUCUGAAGAAGCAGAAAAGCAGACCAAAGGAGAGAAAGUGAAAGUGUCAUGUCUUCCUCCAGCAGUCUCCUGUCUGAAGAUCAGCUCCAGUGCUCUAUCUGUCUGGAUGUGUUCACUGAUCCAGUCUCUACUCCAUGUGGACACAACUUCUGCAUGGUCUGUCUCAAAGAGUGCUGGGACAGCAGUUCACGCUGCCAGUGUCCAGUUUGUAAAGAGGAAUUCUCCAGAAGGCCUGAGCUACGUGUGAACACGUUCAUCUCUGGACUGGCUGCUCAGUUCAAGAAGUCAGUUCAGGUCAAAUCCAGCAGAGCUCCAGAGAAACGACCCUCCAAACCUAAAAUGGUUCUGUGUGACUCUUGCAGUGAGGAAAAGCUGGAGGCUGUAAAGUCCUGUCUGGACUGUGGAGUAUCUUACUGUGAGACUCAUCUGACGCCUCAUAAAACUGCAGCUAAACUCAAGAAGCACAAACUGAUGGACGCUGUGGAGAACCUGGAGGACUACAUCUGCCAGAAACAUGAGAGACCCCUGGAGCUGUUCUGUAGAGACGACCAGACGAGUGUGUGUCGGUUCUGCACUGAAGGAGACCACAAGACUCACAGCACUGUUCCUAUAGAGGAGGAGAGUGGAGAGAGGAAGAUUCAAAUGGGAACAACACAGGCAGAAGUUCAGCAGAUGAUCCAGGACCGACUGAAGAAAAUUGAGGAAAUCAAACAGUCUGUUGAACUCAGUAAAAAAAGCACAGAGAAGGAGAAAGCAGACAGUGUGGAGGUCUUCAGAGCUCUGCUGCGCUGCAUUGAGAGAAGCCAGGCGGAGCUGCUUGAGGUGAUGGAGGAGAAGCAGAAAGCAGCAGAGAGGCAGGCUGAAGAGUUCAUUAAAGAGCUGGAGCAGGAAAUCACUGAGCUAAAGAGGAGAGACACUGAGCUGGAGCAGCUCUCCCACACUGAGGACCACCUCCACCUCCUACAGGUUUACCCGUCCCUCUGCAGCCCUCCACACACCAAGAACUGGACUGACGUCAGGAUUAACACUCAUCUGAGGGUGGAGACUCUGAGGAGAGCUCUGUCUCAGCUUCAGGAAGAGCUCAGUAAGGAGAUGGAGAAGCUUGAUGAGAUGGAAAUGAAGAGAAUUCAACAAUAUGCAGUGGAUGUGACUCUGGAUCCUGAUUCAUCUCAUCCUAAACUCAUUCUGUCUGAUGAUAGAAAACAAGUGAGACUUGGAAACAAACGACAGAAUCUCCCUGAAAACCCAGAGAGGUUUGAUCCAUUGGUCAGUGUGCUGGGAAAGGAGGGGUUCUCCUCAGGAAGAUUUUACUAUGAGGUUCAGGUCAGACAGAAGACUGAGUGGGAUUUAGGAGUGACCACAGAGUCCAGUAACAGGAAGGGGGUUAUUACAGCCAGUCCUGAGAAUGCAUACUGGGUGGUGGCUCUGAGAAAUGAGACUGAAUAUACAGCAGCAGAUUCUCCUCGUGUCCCUCUCUCCCUGAAACAGGCUCCCCAGAAGGUGGGGGUGUUUGUGGAUUAUGAGGAGGGUCUGGUCUCCUUCUAUGAUGUUGAGGUCAGGUCGCAUAUCUACUCUUUCACUGGUCAGUCUUUUACUGAGAAACUCUAUCCAUACUUCAGUCCCUCCCUCAAUUUUGGAGGUAAAAACUCAGCACCACUGAUCAUCACACCUGUUAAACAGGCGUCAUGUUUCAAAGCAGAAAAGAUAAAAGUUAAAUGUAAAGAAAAUUCUGUAAUACAUGUUGCAAUAAAUAAAUAAACGAAGGCAUAUAUUUCAGAAAAGUACUCUACAUGGCAAUAAGAUCUAAUAACAGUUGAUGAAAUAAAGCAUGUUGCAACAUUUAAUUACUACACUGUAACUGAUUUUUUUAAACUUGCUUGAUUUUCAAGCAAAACAAGACAUUUUUCUUGGUGUAAACAGUUUGUUCAUUUUGUUUAUUUUUACUUUAAUCAUUCAAAGCAUGAAAGUGUCAAAUUUCCAUUUAAUAAUCAGAAAUUACUUAUUAAGAAGAAUUUGAAAUGAUUCAUUACUUGCAGAUCAAUCACAAGACACUGAGUUAAGCACAGUCAUCCUGAGAAGUUCUGCUGAUUCUGUCAGACUAGAACUUUCUCUGGAGUCUCCUGCAUAUUUCCAGUCUUCAGCUGUGCAGUUCUAGUUAGAGCUGUCUGAGACUGGGAGAUGAUGGUGCUUCAUCCAGCUGUUGAACACAAUUGAGAGGCCUCUGGACUGUGGUUAAAAAAAAACUGUACACAUAAAAGUUAUCCUGGAUGUUAAAACCCAUAUGAGAUCUCCAGCUUUUUGAAACUCCAGAGUUUCAGCCUGGUUCUGUGGUUCCUUUGUGGUUCUUUUAUUCAUUCUGUGGUUCCUUUAGUGGGUUUGAGGUUCGUUUGUGGUUCCUUUAGUGGUUCUGUGGUUCUUUUAUUUGUUCUGUGGUUCUUUUAAUGGUUCUGUGGUUUGGGACAGUAAAUCAAAGACACUAAUGCACAGUAACACUUCUUAUCAGUGCAGUGAAGCUCCUGAGAGUCAGACAGAUAAAUAUGAGGAAGUUUACAGUGUUUAGAAAAGUGUGUUUCACUCAGUUCUGCAGCUUUAAUCAUGUUUGUGUGAAGUAACAGGUGUUCAGAUGUGGUUUGUGCUUUGACUUCUCUGACUCCUCAGCUCAGAGCUAAAACCCAUGACAUCACUACCUCACUCUGUACCACAGCUGCUCUAAUUCACAUUCAUUCAGCAGAUCUUAAUGUACAACAAACAAUUCUUGUUUAUAUCAAAUUAUAUAAUAUCAUGUUAUAGGUCUUCUGUUCAGUGCAGGAAUCAAUAUCACCUGGGAAAUUUGUCUGGAUUCUUUAUACAAUAAACUAAAUGAGUGUAACCCAAAGAACGUGUAUUUUUAAUUGCUUUUUUCUCUGAGCAGUCAGUGUAUGUUGUUACAGACCACUGGACUCCUAACUAAAGGUACUGAAGAUGUACCUGGGAUGGUUCCACCUGAGUGACAGUUCAGUCCUUUUUAUCUGAGAGUAGAGAGAAAAAGAAAGAAACAGAGAUACACUAUAUGGACGAAAGUAUUGGGACACCUACACAUCACACCUACAGGAGCUUUCAU